AUAAUUUUGAUACCUGGUUCUAAAGUAGUCUUUUUUAACUGUGAUUUUGAGCUAAUUUACUACCUCCUACAACUGCAACUGCAUCACCGAUUCUUUGCUAAGUUCCUCGAGUUUAGUUUUAACUUGAAGUGAUAUUUUCUCUGUUCUGCUGAGAAGCUUUUUGUUCUCUAAAGAAGCUGCAUAGUCUACUUUUAAGUUUAAACUCCACAGUAGCUAGACCCUAUACCUGAUGAUAAUGUUCUUUGUUUGCAAUUUAUCAUUACGUGUAAUGUAAAAUUGCUAAUUCCGGUGACAAAAAUAAUUGGGUUUUUUGAACUUAUAACUGCUCAAAGGUUGUUUCAUGUAAUUCCUAAGUUGCACUGAAUAUCAGAGAUGACAGAAUAUGCUAUGCAGCUUCUAAAAGAGAUAUUCAGAUUGCUUAUUGUUUAACCGUGUGUUACUAAGAAAUAGAAACUAUUGCAAUGUUUUGAGCCUAUUCUGAUUGCUGCAGGAAAGAAUAGAGUAAAUGGUCUGAAGAUGGCCUCCCUUCGAUCUUCUGGAUAUGUAGACCCAGGGUGGGAGCAUGGUGUUGCUCAAGAUGACAGAAAAAAGAAGGUGAGAUGUAAUUACUGUGGCAAAGUAGUUAGCGGUGGAAUUUACAGGUUGAAGCAACAUCUUGCCCGGCUUUCUGGUGAAGUAACUUAUUGCGAUAAGGCUCCAGAAGAGGUGCGUUUAAAGAUGAGGGAUAAUUUGGAGGGGUCCCGAGUUGGUAAGAAAUCAAGACAAACUGAGUAUGAAGAACAGUCUUAUUUGAACUUCAAUGCUACUGAUGAUGUAGAGGAGGAAGAGAAUGUUGGAUAUAGGAGAAAGGGUAAGCAGUUGUCAGCAGAUAAAGAUUUGGCGUUGAACAUGACUCCACUUCGUUCAUUGGGAUAUGUUGAUCCUGGUUGGGAACAUGGUGUUCCUCAGGAUGACAGGAAGAAAAAGGUAAAAUGCAAUUACUGUGAGAAGAUUGUCAGUGGCGGUAUAAACCGGUUUAAGCAACAUCUAGCAAGGAUACCCGGUGAAGUUGCUCCUUGUAAGAAUGCUCCAGAGGAAGUAUUUCUCAAAAUAAAAGACAACAUGAAAUGGCAUCGUACAGGUAGGAGACACAGACGGCCCGAAACUAAAGAGUUAUCUACUUUUUACCUCAACUCAGAGAAUGAAGAGGAAGAAGAGCAAGAAGAGGAAGAAGGUGCAGCAUAUCCUAUGGGUAAUGAUAAAAUUGUACUUGGUGGUGACAGAAGAUUCGACAGAGAUUCGAGAACAACUUUCAGAGGAUCGUCUACUUGUAAUGGGUCUGAACCGUUGUCGAAAAGGCCAAGGUUUGAUGUCAAUGCUCUUAGGACACCCAAAAUUCAGAUGCCACUAUCCGGGAAACAAGUAAAAACAGGUUCCUCCAAGAGGUCCAGAAGAGAAGUCAUUUCUGCAAUAUGCAAAUUUUUCUAUCACGCAGGAGUGCCUUGUCAUGCAGCCAACUCCCCAUAUUUUCGUAAAAUGCUGGAGUUGGUCGGUCAGUAUGGCUCAGAUUUUGCAGGACCUUCAAGCCAUCUACUAUCUGGGCGGUUUCUACAAGAUGAGAUCUUGACCAUCAAAAACUACCUUGAGGAAUACAAGUCUUCUUGGGCAGUUACAGGGUGUUCCAUUUUGGCAGAUAGUUGGAGAGAUUUUCAGGGCAGAACAUUGAUCAAUAUUUUGGUUUCUUGCCCUCGUGGAGUAUAUUUUGUUUGUUCCGUUGAUGCAACAGGCUUAGUUGAUGAUGCAACCUAUAUAUAUAAAUUGCUUGACAAGGUGGUGGAGGAGAUGGGGGAGGAAAACGUUGUGCAGGUAAUCACUCAGAAUACACCCAGUUAUCGGGCUGCUGGUAAAAUGCUUGAAGAGAAGAGAGAACAUUUAUUUUGGACACCUUGUGCUGCCUAUUGUAUUGAUCAAAUGUUAGAGGAAUUUAUUAAAUUAAACCAGGUGCGAGACUGUAUAGAGAAAGGGCAAAAAAUUACAAAAUUCAUCUACAAUAGGAUCUGGUUAUUGAACCUUAUGAAAAAAGAAUUUACUGGAGGUGAGGAACUGUUGAGGCCGUCAGCCACUCAGUCUGCUUCAAGUUUUACUACAUUGCAAAGUUUGCUAGACCACAGGAUUGGUCUUAGAAGAAUGUUUCAAUCAAACAAAUGGAUUUCAUCUAGAUUUUCAAAAUUGGAUGAGGGUAAAGAGGUGAAAAAUAUUGUGAUGGAUUCGUCAUUUUGGAGGAAGGUACAGUUAGUUAGAAGGUCAGUAGACCCUAUAGUGGACGUACUGCAAAAGAUGAGUAGCGAUGAGAGUCUGUCAAUGCCAUUCAUCUACAAUGACUUGUACAGGGCAAAACUUGCAAUAAAAAUCAAUCAUAAUGAUGAUGCACGAAAAUAUGAACCCUUUUGGAGUGUGAUUGACAAUCACUGGAGUUCACUGUUACACCACCCACUCUAUCUGGCUGCUUACUUCCUCAAUCCUUCAUACCGCUAUCGUCCAGACUUUAUUCUGGUAGGAGAACUAUUGUCCUUCUGGAAAAAAAAAUAAAAAAAUUUAAAGAUAUAAAAAAGUUGUUUUUGUUUGAAUUUAUAGGUUUUGCUAGCAUAACAAUAAAGUGUGCA